AUGUCAGACGCACCAAAAUCACCCCAAAAAGAGAAAGAACCGCAAAAAGAUCCAGUGAAGGACGAAGUCAACAAAACAGCCGAGAAACCCGUCAAUAACGAACAAAUCAAUUUGAAAGUCGUCACUCAAGACUCGACGGAAGUCUUUUUUAAAAUCAAGAAAAACACACCACUCAAAAAAUUGAUGGAGGCGUUCUGUAACAAACAAGGCCUGAACAUGUCAUCUGUCCGUUUCUUGUCAGACGGCGUCAGAAUCACUCCUGACAAAACAGCGUCGGACUUGGGUCUUCAGGACAGAGACGUCAUCGACGCGAUGAUGAACCAGGUCGGUGGGUAUUGA